AUGUUUGGCGUAAAAAUUCAUCCUCAUCGUUCUUUAUUAAUUUCUGGUGUUCUUGGUUGUUUUUUAAUAAUUUUUAUUUUGUUAUCUUAUAAAGAAAAAAAGAACACAAUAAUUAAACAAAUUCAAAUUGAUAAUGAUGAAGAUAUUAAUUUAAUUGAUUUAUUUAAUAAUGCAUUUAAAUUAACUUAUCAAGCUGGACAUGCGAUUAAAUUAUUUAAAAAUAAAAACAAUAAUUUAGGAAAAAUUUUAAAGAAAAAAUCAUUUGAAAAUUUACCAAGUGAACCUGUAACAAUUGCAGAUGUUAUUUCACAUUCGAUUAUAACCAAUGGUUUAAAAAAUAAAUUUCAAAAUCUUCAAAUUGUAUCAGAAGAAAAAGAUCCACUUGAUAAAAAAGCAUUUCAAAUUAUUAAAGAAGAAUUCAAUGUUGAAAAUCAAUUACCAAAUAUCCCAAUCAUUAAAGACGAUGAAAAUCUUAUGAAAGUUCCUUUAUCAUCAGUUGCAGUUUGGGUUGAUCCUUUAGACGCAACAAAAGAAUUUACAGAGAAUCUCCUUCAAUAUGUUAUGGUUAUGUUAUGUAUUACAAUAGAAAAAAAACCAACGAUUGGAAUUCUUUAUGCACCAUUUACAGAUAAAUUAAUAUGGGGAUGGGUUGGUGUUGAUCGUUCACAUAUUAAACGCGACGAAAAUAGUCUUUUAGAAACUCAUAAACCAAAUAUUGAUGAAAUUAUUUUAUCUCGUUCACAUGCUGGUGAUACUCAUGAAAUUCUUAAAAAGAUUUAUCAUGAUAAACAAUAUAGAAUUAUUCCAGCUGCUGGUUCAGGUUAUAAAACAGUUCAAGUAUUAGAAGAAUAUGCCGAUUAUUAUCUUCAUACAACUCCAAUUAAAAAAUGGGAUCUUUGUGCUCCAGAUGCUAUUUUACGAGCAAAUAAUGGAAUAAUGACAACACUUAAAAAUCAAACAAUAUCUUAUGAUCAUGAAAAUACAAAUAUGUUAAUUACCGAUGGACUUUUAGCAACAUAUAAAAGAGAUCAUAAUGAAGUUAUAAAAUUCUUGAUGGAAUCAAAUCUCACAAAAUAUAUUUCAAAAAAAAAACAUUAA